AAACCCUAGACUGAAGGUUUCUUUCUCGGCUAACUCGAACCUCAAUCUCUGGCAAGUUUUCUCUGAAAGGCACCGAUCAAUCUAAUGGGGAAGAACAAGAAGAAAGAGAGGAAAGAUGGAGAAGAAACAUCUCAACACUCUGCUGCCACUGUAUGCGUCUCUGGCUUGCCUUAUACCUUCACCAACGCUCAGCUUGAAGAAGCCUUCAGCGACGUUGGUCCCGUUAGGCUUUGCUUUAUGGUCACAAACAAAGGAUCUGAUGAACACCGUGGCUUUGCUUUUGUCAAAUUUGCUUUGCCAGAAGAUGCUAACCGUGCCAUUGAGUUGAAGAACGGUUCUACUGUUGGUGGCCGUAGGAUUACUGUUAAACAAGCCACUCAUCGCCCUUCUCUUAAAGAGCGUCGUACAAAAGCAGCCCGAGGGGUCUCAUUACCUGAUACUUCACAGACAGAGAGUGACAACAAGGACAGUUUGGUCCCUGAUACUGAGACAGACAAGCAAGUUCCUCCACCCGAGGAAAAAAUAGAGAAGAUGCCAAUUGAGCGCAAAAAACCAACGAAGCUUCGUGUUGAUUUAGCUGAUAAAGAAACAUGUUCAGAUAAGCAAAGGCAGGGCUCAAAGGCUAAACCUAGUGAAAUUAAAGAGGUCUUUUCAGCAGUAGGGUUUGUAUGGGAUGUUUUUAUUCCUAAAAAUUUCGAAACUGGGUUACCCAAGGGUUUUGCAUUUGUUAAAUUCACGUGUAAGAGAGAUGCAGAAAAUGCAAUUCAAAAGUUCAACGGGCACAUGUUUAGCAAGAGACCUAUAGCGGUAGACUGGGCUGUACCUAAGAAUCUCUAUAACGGUGCAGCUGAUGCCGUUAAUACUCCAGAAGAUGGUGAAAAAAAUGGAAGUGAUGAGGACAGUGAUAACAGUAGUGUGGAUUUGGAGGAGGUUGAUGAUGCUGUAGAGAGCCACCAACACCAACCUUCUCGAGAUGAUACUGAUGAUGAGGAGGAGGACAGCAGCAACAAACCAAGUGAAUCAGAUGAACUAGAGAAAGAUGCUGUGACCGAUGCGAAUUUUGAAGAGGAAGCAGAUCUUGCGAGAAAAUUGCUUAAGAACCUGCUUGCGUCUUCAAAAGUAACCAUUGCUUCUUCUCAUGAUGGAGAGACAGAGGAGUCAUAUAGUAACAAACUCGAGGGUUCAUCAGCUAACCCUGUCAUUGAAUCUCCUGGUGUCUCUGUACCUUUGAAAUCCAGUAAAACCAAAGAGGUGGCUACUAAAGAAACGCAGGAAAAUGAUGAUUUUAAGAGAACUGUGUUUAUAAGCAACAUCCCGUUUGAUGUUAGUAAGGAAGAAGUCACACAGAGGUUUACCGUAUUUGGGCAAGUUGAAUCUUUAUUCCUAGUUCUCCACCCAGUCACAAAACGACCAAAAGGGACGGCAUUUCUCAAGUUCAAAACAGAAGAUGCAUCAGAUGCAGCCAUUUCAGCAGCCAGUACUGCCUCAAGUGUCGGUGUCCUUCUUAAAGGCAGGCAACUGAGCGUUAUGAGAACUGUGGAUAAGAAAUCUGCACAGGACAUAGGACUCGAAAAGACAAAGGAGAAGAAUCUUGACCAUCGGAAUCUUUAUCUUACUAAGGAAGGUCUGAUCCUUGAAGGUACACCUGCUGCGGAGGGUGUGUCCGGAGAAGAUAUGGACAGGCGACGAAGAUUGCAUGAAAACAAAAUGAAAAAGCUUCAGUCUCCUAACUUCCAUGUAUCUAAAACGAGGAUUGUCAUCUAUAACUUGCCAAAGUCCAUGAAUGAAAAGCAACUAGAAAAGCUCUUAGUUGAUGCUGUUACCUCUCGAGCUACAAAGCAGAAGCCAAGUAUCCGACAGAUCAAGUUCUUACAAAACGAGAAGAAGGGUAAAGUUGAUACGAAGAACUACUCACGUGGAGUUGCGUUUGUAGAGUUCACGGAGCAUGACCAUGCUCUUGUUGCCCUGAGAGUACUCAACAACAAUCCUGAGACAUUUGGCCCUCAACACCGUCCGGUUAAUGAAUUUGCUGUUGAUAACGUCCAGAAGCUGAAGCUACAUAAAGCUAACCAACAGUUUCAACGCAAUAGACAUAACGAAUCUGAGGAGAAGCAGGCAGAAGACAUUCAUCCAGGCAAUGAUUUAAAACGAAGAAGAACGAGGGAUGGUGAUAACACUGGUUCAGUGGAAGAGAAUGCAAGCGGGUUCAAGAAGAAGAAGCCUAUGCGUCCACGUGAAGAGAGGAAAAAACAAGCAAAACCAGAGGAGAAGUCUCUCUCAGUGAAAGAAGAUGCAGGGAACAAGAGGCCUAUGCGCACACAUGACAAUACUAAAGAAUCACCACCAAACCCGAAGAAGAUCUCCAAAGACGUGAGCGAUGCGCCAAGAAAGAGAAUGUUUGAAGAUUUUGAAGAGACUAGAGGUGGAGGGAGUGUAAGCGGGCAAAGGAAGAGAAAGAAUCAGAACGAGAAGCAGAAGAAGAAGCAAGGUGGACCUCCUGAGGUUCAGGACAAACUCGAUAUGUUGAUUGAACAGUACCGGUCUAAGUUCUCGCAGAGCUCAGCCAAAACCGGUCCACAAAAACAGAGUUUCGGACAAGUCAGGCGAUGGUUCCAGUCCUGAUACCUCGAAAAAAUCUCAUUUUUGUUUUCUAUUCCCAUAACCUGACCGGAACCAAACCAUGGAUUUGUUUUGAACCGAUUUAGUAAAAGAGAACCGGUUUAGCAAA